CUACUUAUCCAGUCUAGACUACGUCGCGAACCAUUUACAAUCUGUCAUCCUCCCAACCUCCGCCUGAUUAGCAUAUAGUUAUUCCUUGUUCCACUGAAAAGCUGCACGUGUUCGAGACGAAGCAGACAGAAUUUGUUCGCCCAAUACAGCUAUGUUUAGGCGCAUGAGACAGACCGAGCCCGACAGGCUCUCAAUAAGACUAAGCAAAACACUUGAACCGUUCAAUGUGGCUCCUUGGGGAGCGCUUGCAAUGUGGUAUCUGGGCGUUCUUAUCGCUGUUGGGGCCCCCAUGAUCGUGGUGCAGGACGACGAAUACACAGCCGCCAUUGAAAGGCUUGAAAGCGCAGGGUUCUGCCGAAGUGUCCCAAAUCGUGUCCCUCCUCCGGAAAUUAUGGAGAACCAUCCAGAUCCACAGCAGAUGUUGGAGGAAAUAAAUGCUGGCUACAACCGCUUGGAUCGGUCUUGUGCAGUAUUCGAUUAUCCAGAUGGUGAUCCAGCAGAAAAGAGCUUGCAGCUUUACUUGUUCCCGAACUCCUUUGCGCACCUUUUUCAAGAAGAUACUCUCCCCUCUUCGAGCAAAAGAAGAGAACUAGCACCAACAGAACGAUAUAAAACCUACGGCAAUCUUCACUACCCAUUGGAAGGGGCGCUAGUGGAAAGCUUUGUCAGGUCUGCGAUUGAUGAAGGAACAGAGACAGCUUUUUCUGCGUGGGGCGAGACACUGAGGUCCUGGAUAUCUCUGAUGACAGGAUACUUAGAGGUUGACAAUGAUGUCCUUGAUAAUUGUCCGGAUGGACAGGCAGUCGAAUGGUAUAGCCACAACUUUGGUCGAAUCCGUGAGGCGAAUUUCGGUCCCAUUGACCGACGCAUUUCAAAGCGUCUCGGCUUAGGAAGAGAUAUGCCGAUAGAUAUGAGGGGGAAUCCUAUUCAACAGUGAUUUUCAUUCAGCUACAGCUACGUAGUGUUGUCUUUCCAGAAAACCAUCUCAGCAAAUCAAUUCAUAACAUCUACCAAACAUGUGACCAAACCAGAAUAACCCUCCAGUGUUCGAUACAAACUGUGCUUUCGUGCCUCAUCAGCGGUCGCUGGUAGCAAGUUUCAGUAAUACCGGCAGGUCCUCUUUGAUGUGCCAGAGGGCCAGCGCAUAUAGCCUAUGACCU